AUGAUGCUCAUUAUGCUGCAAAACCAAACACAAAGUUUUGGCAUCAGCUACCGUAACACAGCAAAAUUCACACAGCAACUGUUGCCAUGUAUCGAAAAUCUUACUGUAGAUGGUCUGGGCACAGCUGCAGAAUACCAACCGCUACCCUCUUCAGAGAAACCUGCCACACUUGCCGUACGAGAGUCAGACAGCAUAGAACCCAUGGGAGGGCUAUCACCACGAGUAGAAUCGCGAGUGUCCGCGUUGCGACGUCGUUCGUCGCAGGCGCGUGAUCGCUGGGCCACCAAGAUGGAGUUUCUGUUGGCGGUGAUCGGUUACGCUGUCGAUCUAGGGAAUAUCUGGAGAUUUCCAUCAGUAUGCUAUAAACAUGGUGGAGGAGCGUUCCUUAUCCCUUACUUGGUGAUGCUAUUGGUCGGCGGUUUACCAAUGUUUUAUAUGGAAUUGGCGUUGGGCCAAUUUCAUCGAUCAGGAUGUGUAAGUAUAUGGCGGAAGGUGUGCCCACUUUUUAAAGGUAUCGGAUACGGUAUCUGCUUCAUUUGUACGUUUAUCGCCUGUUUCUACAAUGCAAUCAUUUCACAUGCUGUGUACUUCGUAGUGAGCUCAAUAGCGCUUGAAGUGCCGUGGAAGACAUGCAAUAAUUCAUGGAAUACCCCUUUAUGCACGGACACAUUAAACGCUACUCUUGGGAAAAGUGGAGAACGCCUUACCACACCCAGUGAAGAAUUCUAUUUCCACCGAGUAUUAGAAAUCCAGAAAUCGGCUGGUUUUGAGGACCUUGGUGGUGUUAAACCGUCGAUGGCUCUUUGCUUAGCGUUUGUUUUUCUACUUGUCUACUUUGCACUUUGGAAAGGACCAAGGAGCUCCGGAAAAAUGGUGUGGGUAACGGCGACGGCACCUUAUAUAGUGUUGACUAUCUUGCUUAUAAGAGGUGUCACUCUUCCUGGAGCUGCUAAAGGAAUCUAUUACUACCUUAUGCCCGACUUUUCAAAACUAAGCGAUCCUAAGGUGUGGUCAGCAGCAGCUACGCAGAUUUUCUUCUCACUUGGACCAGGGUUCGGUGUUCUUCUAGCGUUGAGCAGCUACAACGACUUCAACAAUAACUGCUACAGAGAUGCCGUAGUGACAUCAACGAUCAACUGCAUGACGUCCUUUUUCUCCGGUUUUGUAAUCUUUUCAACCCUUGGAUACAUGUCUGAACUGACAAACAAGGAAGUCAGCGAGGUAGUUGGUGACCACGAUGCAUCUCUGAUUUUCAUCGUCUACCCACAGGCUCUCGCCACUAUGAGCUACAGCAGCGCAUGGUCGUUCAUAUUUUUCAUUAUGUUAAUAACACUUGGCAUUGAUAGCACGUUCGCUGGAAUCGAAGCGCUGAUAACUGGUCUGUGUGACGAAUCUCGCCUAUUGGCAAGAAAAAGGGAAUGGUUCGUUGGUGUCGUCUGUGUGCUCUAUUACUUUGGAAGCAUUCCGGCGAUUAGUUAUGGGGGACAGUAUGUGAUCCCAUUUCUGGACGAGUAUGGAGUUUCGUUGUCGGUCCUGUUUAUCGUCACAUGCGAAAUGGUUGCAGUUUGCUGGUUUUAUGGUAUCGAUCGAUUCAGCAAUGAUAUCAAGGCAAUGCUUGGCUUCUACCCAGGAUUAUACUGGCGAAUAUGUUGGAUGAUGUGUCCCAUUUUCAUCUCAGUCAUCUUCGUAAUGACCGUUUGGCAUGCAUCGUUAGCACCGCUGCAGUUACCUGGAUACACUUUUCCCGGCUGGUCCGUCGGUCUGGGAUGGUUCUUACGAUUGCUGUCCGUGCUGAGUGUUCCACUGUUUGCCAUAUAUAUGCUCUCCUUCGCGAAAGGAACGUUUACUGAGCGCCUACGAUGGGCAACAACGCCACAGCAACGACGGACGUCAGCUUCGUCUCUGAGUGCCGAUCCUACACAGAUCAUUGACAGUUCGCUGCUCCAUCCCAUACAUACAUUAACACAAGUGUAA